AGUAAGGAGGUUGCUGGUGACUGGGAUCAUCAUCAGCAGCAGCAGCAGCACUGUUGUGGAUGUUAAGCAGCAGCCAGCCAGGAGGCUUCCUCCUCGGCAGGUUGUGUAAGGAGGACGGGUAGCGGGGGACCACACACACACACACACAUACACACACAGCAGCAGCAGCAGCAGAGGCUCCCGGGGUUGGAGCAGCGAGCCUCGGCCUGGUCACGACUGAUGAGAAGCCAGGAUGCCCACCAGCUGCUGACAUGAAGAGACAUGCUAGCGGUGACCCUUAGAGAGUGACAGAUGUGUGCCACUGUGGAGAACCAUUUGCAUCUCCCUGCGGAGAUUUGAGUUCCAGGACGCUCAGGCAUCCAGGAGGGGGGUCUCUGAGAAAGAUGCUGGGUUCAGAGCGAGGUGUUGUUGAAGAAUGGCUCUCCGAAUUCAAGUCCUUACCAGACACCCACAUCCCCAGGUAUGCCGGCAGCCUGCAUCUGAAGAAGUCUCUGGUACCGGCGCUCUACAGAGUCAUCCAAGACCCCAACAAUGAGCUGCUGGAACCUGUGUGCCACCAGCUGUUUGAGCUGUACCGGAGCUCUGAAGACCGCCUGAGACGUUUCACCCUGCAGUUCCUGCCUGAGCUCGUGUGGGUUUAUCUGCGAAUCACUGCCAGCAGGGAUCGUCAGAGCAAUGGCUGCAUCGAGGCCCUCCUCUUGGGUAUCUAUAACCUGGAAAUUGUUGACAAAGACGGCAACAGCAAACUCCUCUCCUUCACAAUCCCAUCUCUGUCGAAACCGUCAGUAUAUCAUGAGCCUUCCAGCCUGGGGUCCAUGGCUCUGACUGAGGGGGCGCUCUGUCAGCAUGACCUGAUCAGAGUGGUUUACAGCGGCCUCCAUCCCCAGAGAGAAACCUUCACUGCACAGAACAGGUUUGAGGUCUUGUGUUUCCUUAUGCUCUGCUACAACUCUGCUGUGGUCUACAUGCCCCUUUCCUCGUAUCAGGCCGUCUGCAGGAUGAGCUCCAGGGUGUGUGUUUGUGGUUUCCCCCGGCAACAACAGAAGCUGUGGAGAGAACCUUGCAACCGCGUCCUGCUGGACCCGGAGUUCAUGGUCCAGAUGCUCACUGCCGUUUACCACGCUAUAUACAAUGGAGAGUGGGAGAUGGGGCGAGAAGCUCUGGAGGACAUUGUCUACAGGGCCCAGCUGGAGCUUUAUUCCCAGCCUCUACUGCUGGGGAACGCCAUGAAGAACUCUCUGCCAGAGAGCGCUCCCGAAGCGCAGCGGGGACGCAAAGUGCUUCAGGUGGAGGUGACCCCCACCAUCAGCCGUAUAUCCAUCUCAGCAAUCACCACGGCCUCCAUACGCCGCCACCGCUGGAAGAGAGAGGAUUGUUUUGACUACUCAACCGAUGCAGAGUUGACCCUCACCAUCAGUCCUCCUAGCCUCGUCCAGCACCACCACCAGCACCAGCACCGCCGCCACGACCCUCCCAGGGAACCUGCAGCUAAAGCGGAUAGAGGAGGGCGGCAUCACAGCCACCACAGCAACAGCAGCAGCAGCAGCAGCGUCAUUCCCCCCAUCACAUUCGAGGAUGCUGACGGCUUAAGCGUCGGGGAGGAUUCCUUCAACAUCAACGAUCCGGAUGAAGGGUUCUCCUCGGGGGCCUCCAACAGCAGCCAGCCCAGCGGCACCAAGGCCGGUGGCAGCGUGGGGCAGAGGGGGGGCAGCCUGAACAGCAGCAGCAGCAGCAUCAAGAAAGCCAUCACAGCUCGGCUGUCCAGGGACAGGGAGAAGGAGCGGGAGAAGGAGAAGGAGAGGGAGAAGGAGCGGGAGAAGGAGAGAGAAAAGGAGAAGGAGAGGGAGGCAGAGAAGCAGGCGGAGCUGUGCGUGGAUCUGCCGGCUGCAGGAACGAGGCCUCGCCAGAGGCAGCAGUCCCCCCCAGGGAGCAUCAAGCUGGACGCCAUCCACCUGAGCCCCAUAAAGAAGCACCUGAGCUUCCCUGCAGGCCACCCACUGGUCCGGACUGGCAGCACCUCCUCCAGCAAGUCCUUCGACUGCAUGAACCUGAACCUGAACGGAGGCGAGGACGAGCGAGACGAGGGGGCGGGAGGCUCCGACAAGGAAACGGGGCCCCUACUGGGGGGCUCCCACCGCCACUCCACUGUCAGCCUGCAGGAGGAGCACCUAAACAGGCCGGAGGAGUCCCAGGCCCUCCUGUCUCCUGGGGCCCCUCUGACUAAGCAGUCGCGCUCCCCCAGCUUCAACAUGCAGAUCAUAUCACAGGUGUGAUGUGCGGCGCAGGGAGCAACAGAAACACACAUAUUUAUUCAGUUUCCUCCACAACCGCUCUACUACGCCAACCUGGUCAGUCUCUGUGUUUAUGAGGUGGUGGGGGGGGGGGUCUCCAGAUCUCCAGAUCUCUGAAGCUUUGUCUCUAUCCUUCCAACAUCUAUUAAAGUUUGACCUGCAGUCACAGCUGGUUAGUUUCUGAGAAGAAGAAGUUGUCGUCCUCCCCCACCGCUGUAACUACAGUCCCUCCAAACAAGCUGAGCAUUCCACACACAAAAAACCUUCCUGAUAGGGAGGUAAUGACAAGAAAAAAAAAAGGAUUUCACGUGUAAAGUCUCAUAGCAUUUCAGAUUAUUUGAGUUUCUGACUGAAUCAGUCGAACCAAUCAGCAAUAACGCGUCGCUCGUGUGUAGAAAAGCGGGAAUCGUCCCCGUCAGGUUGCCACAAAACCAGUGGUGCGGUGAGCUCGUCCGUAUUCUAUGUUAUUCACAGAUUAAUAGAUAAAUUGGACAUUAAAAAUACUAAGAAAAACGGAUAACAUAAAAGCUCAGUAGCUGUGAUUUGGUUGAUCGUUUUCUUUUUGCGAAAGGCUCAAGCACUUAUGUACCGAACGAAUGAAAUAAAGUAAGAAUGAUUGUUUUUCAUACUGUAGUCGUGUUAGACAGGCUGAAAAGAAGAGGUAUGUUUUGAACGUGUUCAGUGAAGGCUGUGGGGCAGUCAUGGGUUUGACCAGUAAAAGUUGAAAGAAGGGUGGAGGAUGACUUGAAAAGGAAGAAACCUGCAGUUUGUUCACGAAGCGGCCAGAAAAGGAGGAAACGGCCUGUUUGUCACAAAUCAGGCCGAUAAAGGGGAAGUUUUUCAUCUGAGCAACUCCUUCACCCAGAAAUCAGAGACACUUUUGGUAUGUCAUCUGCGGUGUGGGUCAGCCUGCUCCCCUAAAUUCAUAAGCCUCCCCUGAACAUGUUAGUAAUCAGUCUUAGAUAAGAGUUAGGAAGUUUGUUCAAUUCCCCUUUCAUUCCCGGGCUCCUGUGCAAUCAUUCAUACUGAUUUCAGUCAUAGAUGGUUUGAUAAAUCUUAUUUCUGUUCAUUUAAAAAAAAAAAAUCGGUUUAAACAAACAAACAAACGGUCGUGGUUUAAAAAGGUUUAGAUUGUCUUGAGCUUUUACCCGGACAAAUCGCACAGAAUCGUUCCUGUGCAGCUACACAAGCAGAGUCUUUAGUCUUGCACUGCAAAAAGGGAACUACAAAUAAGUGCAAUUUUCUUGAAAUGUUUGCAUUUUUCCUUGAUUUGAGCAGGUGA